AUGUGGACACUGAGUUUUAUACAAGAAACGGAGCAGAAUCUGUAGGUUUUACUAUGUUUUUGUUUUUAGAUUUAGGUAAUAUGUCAAUGUGUGGUUAAACUGCCGACAGAAUAUGUAGUAGUUUCUGAAAGUUUAGGUUACGUUUUUUUGGAGAAUAAUGUCUAUAAUUUUUAUAUAGUAUUAAAAGCUUGUUGUUUUAAUUGAAAGUAUAUUGAUUUUUUUAGUGUUGGUAUACGAUGCCCGUUGAGUCAGUUCAACCCAUUUCGCAUCAUCUCACAUUUUAAUUUUUGUUACAUUGUUAUUGCAUUUUUGGCUCCUGGUAAUUAUUUUUUACAAAUAUGCAAAUUUUAUUGAUUUUUAAUAAUUUUUUCUGAUCUUGAUGCUCAUACUUUAGUUUGGUCGCAUUACGAGCGGUUGUUCGUUUCAGCUCGGUCCGUCAUGUGGAAAAAACGGCUGUCUCGAACUAGAACUGAUGCGAAUACAAAUGCUAAAGGAACAGAACUGCCUCAAGUUCAGAAGAAAGCACCAUUAUCGUAAGUUUUUGUUAUUCUUAACAAACAUUGGAAAAUUUUGACCUAGCAAAAAAGACUGAUUUUAAAUUUCAGUUUUUCGAUUGUGCGGCCUGCGAAUGUCAAUGUGCAGGUUGCGGCAACCAAUUACAUUUUUUUUUGUUUUUGAGCUUUGAAUUGAAUAGAAAAUAUGUAUGCUAAAAUUUCUUUUACACUAGGAAAAUUAAAUUAAAAAAGAAACUUUUUCAGUCGUCGCAAAACUGGAGGUACCGUGUCUCUGCCCGAUGGUUUAGCUCCAGGAUUAGCUGAAAAAGCGGCCAAACACCCGGAAUUGGCGGCUAAGUUGAUCGCGAUGAGUGGCUUUGCUGAAUAUCUGACGAAAGUGAAUGUGGACGGACUGAAAGUAGAAUUUCUGAAGUUGCGUAGCACAAAAAUCGCGUCCACUCAAAGCGCGUUUAUGGCUAACCAAAGAAAAUGUCGCUACAAAGGUAAAGUUGUCAAGGGUAUUUUAUAAAUUUACGUUACUAUUUUAUAGUUUUUUGGCAAAGCUGGUUGCAAAAGUAGGUUACAUAUAAGUUAUUGUAAGUAUAGAUGGAGAUGAAUUAAGUAUAAGUUAUUAAGGUUAUUGUAAAAAAUUUUAACAGUCUGAUUACGCUUCGCUAAUUAAAAGGUCAUUUCAGACGUGGGUUGCGCUGAUGAAACAAGAGCUGUGCUAACCGCAAACUACGUCAAAAACGAAGAAAUGAAGAACACGUUUAUUGCUUGUCAAGUAAGUUACUAAUCUUUUCUUUUUAUUGGUAUUUUUUCUUUUUUUAUCUUAUGCCUUAAGGGUGGUCAAUUUUUUGAGAUUACUUAAUCCGACAGUUGACUUAUUCACCCUCUCAAUUAUAUUGUUAUUUUUUUAUUUUUUAUUAUUGCAGGGGCCCGUAAAAGUUACUGUAGAGGACUUUUGGACCAUGGCAUGGCAGGAAAAUUGUUCACAUUUUUAUGUUGUGUAAGUUUGUGGAGAUCAAAAGGCCAAAAUGUUAUCCGUAUUACCCUGUCAAAGUCAAGGAUACCCUUAUAGCCGGCCCAUUCAGCAUUAA